GCCGCGGCGGGCGCGCCCUCGGGGAGCCGGCCGGGGAUGGCGGCGAGGCAGCGCUGAGCCCCCCGCGCCCUCACCAUGCAGAAGAGCGUGCGCUACAACGAGGGGCACGCCCUGUACCUGGCCUUCCUGGCCCGCAAGGAGGGCACGAAGCGCGGCUUCCUGAGCAAGAAGGCAGCGGAGGCGAGCCGCUGGCACGAGAAGUGGUUCGCGCUCUACCAGAAUGUGCUCUUCUACUUCGAGGGCGAGCAGAGCGGCCGCCCGGCGGGCAUGUACCUCCUGGAGGGCUGCAGCUGCGAGCGCGCGCCCGCGCCGCCCAGGGCCGGGGCCGGGCCGGGCAGCGCCCGGGAAGCGCUGGACAAGCAGUAUUACUUUACUGUUCUUUUUGGCCACGAAGGUCAGAAACCACUGGAGCUGCGCUGUGAGGAGGAGCAAGACGGUAAAGAGUGGAUGGAGGCCAUUCACCAAGCCAGUUAUGCAGACAUAUUGAUUGAGAGGGAAGUGUUAAUGCAGAAGUACAUUCAUCUAGUUCAGAUCGUAGAGACAGAAAAAGUUGCAGCUAACCAACUCCGGCACCAACUUGAAGAUCAAGAUACAGAAAUCGAAAGGCUUAAAUCAGAGAUUAUCGCUCUUAAUAAAACCAAGGAACGGAUGAGACCUUACCAAAGCAAUCAAGAAGAUGAAGAUCCAGACAUCAAGAAGAUUAAAAAGGUUCAGAGCUUCAUGCGAGGAUGGUUGUGUAGAAGGAAAUGGAAGACCAUCGUGCAGGAUUACAUUUGUUCUCCUCAUGCUGAAAGUAUGAGGAAGAGAAACCAGAUUGUAUUCACCAUGGUUGAGGCCGAGUCAGAGUACGUCCACCAGCUGUACAUCCUGGUAAAUGGCUUCCUCCGGCCCCUGCGGAUGGCGGCCAGCUCCAAGAAGCCCCCCAUCAGCCACGACGACGUCAGCAGUAUUUUUCUCAACAGUGAAACAAUCAUGUUUCUUCAUGAAAUAUUUCAUCAAGGACUGAAAGCAAGGAUAGCAAACUGGCCUACUUUAAUUUUAGCUGAUCUGUUUGAUAUUUUGCUCCCCAUGCUGAACAUUUAUCAAGAAUUUGUGCGCAAUCACCAGUACAGCCUCCAAGUGCUUGCCAAUUGUAAGCAAAAUAGAGAUUUUGACAAACUCUUAAAACAGUAUGAAGCCAACCCUGCCUGUGAGGGGAGGAUGCUGGAAACGUUCUUGACCUAUCCAAUGUUUCAGAUCCCCAGGUAUAUCAUCACACUUCAUGAACUCCUCGCUCAUACGCCCCAUGAGCAUGUGGAGAGGAAAAGUCUGGAAUUUGCUAAAUCAAAAUUAGAAGAACUGUCCAGGGUAAUGCACGAUGAAGUAAGCGACACUGAAAACAUAAGGAAGAACCUUGCCAUAGAAAGAAUGAUCGUUGAGGGCUGUGAUAUUUUGCUGGACACCAGCCAAACUUUCAUCCGCCAAGGGGCCAUGAAAAACAGCAACACAAUAAUAGUAAAGCACGAAUGGGACAGUAAAUUCCAUUCUGACUGGACUCUCCUCCUCAGUGGACCGGACGUUCUCUACAGCUCCAAGGAGGACAGAUCGGUCUGGCCGAUUGGAGUGGCAGUGCCAGGUUCUCUUAUUCAAGUACCUUCCGUUGAGAGGGGGAAACUUAGUAAAGUUCGCCUGGGUUCAUUGUCUUUGAAAAAGGAAGGAGAAAGACAAUGCUUCUUAUUUACAAAACACUUUUUAAUUUGUACAAGAAGUUCAGGAGGAAAGCUGCAUCUGCUCAAGACAGGUGGGGUUCUGUCUCUAAUAGAAUGUACGUUGAUUGAGGAGCCCGAUGCCGGUGACGAUGAUUCCAAAGGUUCUGGGCAAAUGUUUGGACACCUGGAUUUUAAAAUCGUGGUGGAGCCCCCUGAUGCUGCCCCCUUCACGGUGGUCUUGUUAGCACCUUCACGCCAGGAGAAAGCUGCCUGGAUGAGCGACAUAAGUCAGUGUGUGGACAAUAUACGGUGUAAUGGUUUAAUGACUAUAGUGUUUGAAGAGAAUUCCAAAGUUACUGUGCCACAUAUGAUUAAGUCUGAUGCCCGUCUUCAUAAGGAUGACACUGACAUUUGCUUCAGUAAAACACUCAACUCCUGCAAAGUGCCCCAGAUCCGUUAUGCCAGCGUGGAGCGCCUCUUGGAGCGGCUGACAGACUUACGGUUUCUUAGUAUCGAUUUCCUCAACACCUUUCUGCACACCUAUCGGAUUUUCACCACGGCAGCUGUGGUGCUGGCGAAGCUUUCUGACAUCUACAAGAGGCCUUUUACCUCCAUCCCCGUCAGGUCAUUGGAAUUGUUUUUUGCUACCAGCCAGAACAACAGAGGCGAACAUUUGGUGGAUGGCAAAUCCCCACGCCUGUGUCGCAAAUUCUCUUCCCCACCACCACUGGCUGUGUCCAGAACGUCCUCCCCCGUGAGGGCCAGAAAGCUGUCCUUGACUUCUCCCUUGAACUCAAGGAUAGGUGCAUUGGACCUGACCACCUCCUCUGCGUCCAGCAGUCCUACCACCACCCAAAGCCCUGCUGCGUCCCCUCCACCACACACUGGUAAAGUACCAUUGGAUCUUAGCAGAGGCCUUUCUUCUCCAGAACAAAGCCCGGGAUCUGUAGAAGAGCAUGUAGAUAACCCCCGCGUGGACCUGUGUAACAAGCUAAAGCGGAGUAUUCAAAGAGCAGCAGUCCUAGAGUCUGCACCAGGGGACCGAGCAGGAGUGGAAGGCUCCCCAGCAGCGGACGCCGCAGAGCUUUCACCUAGCAGGUCACCCUCGACUCCUCGACACCUCCGCUAUCGCCAGCCUGGAGGACAGACGACUGACAACUCCCACUGCUCUGUUUCGCCUGCUUCUGCUUUUGCAAUCGCCACGGCUGCAGCAGGACACGGGAGUCCACCGGGAUUUAACAACACCGAGAGAACAUGCGACAAAGAGUUUAUUAUACGUAGAACAGCCACCAAUCGAGUACUGAAUGUCCUCCGUCACUGGGUCUCAAAGCACGCACAGGAUUUUGAACUCAACAAUGAACUAAAGAUGAACGUCUUAAAUUUGCUAGAAGAAGUUUUGCGAGAUCCAGACCUUCUUCCCCAAGAAAGGAAAGCCACGGCAAAUAUCCUGAGGGCCCUUUCACAAGAUGAUCAAGAUGACAUCCACCUAAAAUUAGAGGACAUAAUUCAACUGACGGAUUGUCCGAAGGCCGAGUGCUUUGAGACCUUGUCAGCCAUGGAGCUGGCGGAGCAGAUCACCCUCCUGGACCACAUCGUCUUCAGAAGCAUUCCCUACGAAGAAUUUCUUGGGCAGGGGUGGAUGAAGCUGGAUAAAAAUGAAAGAACACCUUACAUUAUGAAAACCAGCCAACACUUCAAUGAUAUGAGUAACCUGGUGGCCUCCCAGAUAAUGAAUUAUGCCGACAUCGGCUCCCGGGCCAAUGCCAUUGAGAAGUGGGUGGCGGUGGCGGACAUCUGCCGAUGCCUGCACAACUACAAUGGCGUGCUGGAGAUCACCUCGGCCUUAAACAGAAGUGCCAUCUACAGGCUGAAGAAAACCUGGGCCAAGGUGUCCAAGCAGACGAAAGCUCUAAUGGACAAACUUCAGAAGACUGUUUCAUCUGAAGGAAGAUUUAAAAAUCUCAGAGAAACCCUUAAAAAUUGUAACCCCCCUGCUGUUCCUUAUCUGGGGAUGUACCUGACAGACCUGGCAUUUAUCGAAGAAGGAACACCAAACUUUACUGAGGAAGGCCUUGUCAAUUUCUCCAAAAUGAGAAUGAUAUCACACAUCAUCAGAGAGAUCCGCCAGUUCCAGCAGACUUCCUAUCGAAUAGACCAUCAGCCAAAGGUCACUCAGUACUUGCUUGACAAAGCCCUCAUCAUAGAUGAAGAUACGCUGUAUGAGCUGUCGCUAAAAAUUGAACCUCGGCUCCCUGCUUGAAGAUCCAGCCUUGUCCCUGGGUCUGUGGAAUGUUCAUGGAAAGCAGGAUGGACAGAACUGUGCAUGUCAUGCCUCCCACGGUGCAGCAAGGACCGGGGAUGGGGACGAAGCCAGUCUCCUUUGUCCACGGAAGAAGACAGAACCGAACUGGAAUUCUGUUGUCUCCAGCCAGGGAAGGCCAGCUGUUUGGGGUCAAAGAGAGAUGCCUCAGACUUGGGUGGGAAGGUGGAAAGAUAGAUAUUUGGUAAAGCUGAUGGCACAUUUUGUAUAAGGGAAUGUAAGAUGGGAGAUGCUGGUAGCCGUUUUAAUGAAGUAGGUAAGAAGGUAAAUUUCAAGCCUGCCCCGUGUUCUGUUAGAACUCGGGGACAAGGAUCCAUGGAAAAGACCUAUAAUGUUUCCUUGGCACUUUACUGGCCUGGCUACACCCACCAAUCUUCUCCUAGGAUUUAACUGCUUCCGUUACAUUUCCUUUGUUACAAGCUUCCAGAAAAGCCAAGGCUUCCUUUGUAGGGAUGGACCGACACAUAAGCAAUUUCAGUCUACAGCAUGUGCAUGGUUUUCAGUGCAUCAUAAACAUUUAUAUUGGAGGAAAAGCAUGUUCUCAAACUGCUUUCUCAAUCUUUAGGCAACAGGACAGGAGGGACAGGAUGAAAGACAAGUGGAUUUGUAUGUAACAUUUCCUUAAUUAACAACGGGGUAGGCUGUGUCCCAGGAGAUUCCAGCUAGUGGCCGUCUUGAGGUGGCUGUGGGGGCUUCUUCCUGAGGCUAUGGUGCCCAAGAAGCCAAUACCUUUAGAGAGGCGGGUGCAGAGUUUGCAAAAUGGUGCCUCCGCGCCUCACUGACGAAACUGUGGGCUGAGACAGAAGGCCACAGAGUGCUGUGGGAGGAGCGGGUUUCGAUGCGAAUUGAAAAGAUACCCCCCUCAUAGUAAUGUGGGAAUCUGUUCUGAUUGACACAAACCAUUCUUAGGCUCACUAUGAACAUUGGUUGUGUUUUUGAAAAAAUUGUUCAGUGGGGUUGUCUUUUUAAAACCCACACUUCUGUGUGCUGUUGGUAGACAGUUCUUCCCCAGUCCCCUUUGUUUGUAAAUUUUGAGAUAUUUCUGAGUGGAAAUAUUGUCGGUGUAUGGGAAUUGGGCCCAGCCACUCAACAGCUUUGUAUCAGAAAACCUAACGCAGGAGUUGGUCCUGCUGCCCUAGGCUGGCGAGUGACCUCAUGUUUCCCAGGGUUGUUGGUUGUCGAAGAAAUAGGGCUAUCUCAUGUUUACCUCCCUCUUCUCUUCUCAGGGAGACCUCUGCUUUAAAAGAAGGAAGAGAAAAAUCCAGUUAUUAUUACCUGAGCCUCUUGCACCUGAUGUUUUCUCUUAGAGGCAUGAAGCGUGUUGAUGCUGCCAAUGAAAAAACUGAUCUGUCUGGCUGUUUUCCCUUUUUCUUUGCACUUUAAUUAUGUUGUUAGAACUAACAGCUGACUAAUAAAUUCAACUUGCUGGCUCAUAAGACGCAGUGGAAGCGCUAGCAUUGAUAACAUACCAUAGAGGUGGAGAAUGUACAUUUUUCCUGCAUGGUAAAGGCCAUCUCUGUACAUAACUAUAUAGUGAAAUAUCAAGUAAGUUAAAGAAAAUAUAAUAUUUGAAGGCCAUUCCAAAACUAUUUCCAAUAGCUCAUAUUAGCCAACAGUGUAGCACUAAACCCCAAGAGGGUUACUUACGGAUGCUUUAUUUUUCUUUUUUUAAAAAAAGUUGCUUGUUUGUUCUCUUUAGUUUCAAAUAAGAGAUUGAUGCAUCUUGAUGCAUGAUAAGAAGCAUGGGUUGUUUGGAUCCUAACAGUGCAUAACUUGCAGUUUAUUUCUCAGUGUUCAGAAACGGAGGGUUUGAACUAACGUAUGUCCAUUGCAUCAAACACCUCAAGGUCUCGCAGAAGUAAAGAAAGGAAAAGUUAGCUUUCUUGGCUCAAAAACAGUCUUGGAAGGUGAACUAAAACCAGGUCAGAUCAGUGAAGGGCCACAGGUAGUUUCAGGCAAAGCAGCACGUGGACAGGUCAACGCCAUCAGCUCUGCCUGGGAGUGUCCAAGGUCUUCCAGCGGGGAGAGGGUGGGUCUGAAUGCACUUUCCCUGGAAGUUUGGACUCUUAUUUCUCUGACCCAAAUGUUCCAGAGGCACUGCAGCCAUUCUUAUUAAAGAAUAGAAGGUAGAGGAAUUUCCAAAUACUCCUCCCCUUUUGGAAGUGCAGGUUUUCUUCAACUAGUGACAAAGCUUUCACACCUUUUUCCUGCAGAAUGUUGGGAGCGCCCCCCAGUGGCCAGGUUUGGGCACUGUCAAUUGUUAAUGCUGACCUUCAGCGUUUAUGAGUUAUGCCGUCCUCCUGCUUUCUAGAAUCUGAGCCCUGGCUGGAGCCGCAGGAGAAAGAACUCCAUCUCCAAGGGAGCUCCUUUUGAUGACUUGCACCACUUCUGGCCAGCUGGAGUAGGAAUGCACAUUUUUUAAAAACCUCAAUUGGGUCAUAUUUAAAAUCCCUAAGAGCAAUUUGUGGUGUUUCUUCUGAUUGUUAAAGCACCCUCCUCUUCUGCCUGUCAAGCUCUGAGUGUAUUGUCGGAGCGUGCGCUCACAGCCGGGUAUGCCUACAUUCCAUUAUAGGAGACCUAUUUGUAAGAGCAGAUGGGAUGUCAGCCUUCAACAGCCAAGUAGCAAACAGUUAUAUUAUUGCAAAAUUAACCUAGAAAAUCAGAAGUAAAAUCCAAUUUCUUGCUUUCAGAUGAAUACCCACAUUUUGUGCUGUCAAUGAGAUUAUCUUAGGGCUUUUAGAGGAUGCGUUUGGUUAUUAACUAAGACAUCCAGUUUUGCUACAGGAACAAAUCUCUUACUUAAGCCAAUAUAUUAUGUGACAGAUUCAGGCAUGAAGUUGAAUGUUGUCACUUUUCCUUAGUGUUUCUCUGAAAGAAUUUAAAGUGGGAAUUUUAAACUCCUGUUGCAAUAUCUUCAAGUGGCUCUCACACAAAGUCCCCAUUACUGUUUGUUAAAUUUCAGUACAUCUUAAAGUACUACUUAAAAACAAAUGAAACUCCUAGAUACUGAAUAAUCUGGAAGAGAACCACCCAUCAUGUUCCAGUUUGAAGUGUGUGUGUGAUGGACCAGCACGUCCUCGUCUCUCACAGUAUUUUGUGGGGCAAAACCUUGGGCUGCCAUUGACUGGGAUUUUAUUUAACUUUUCUUUUCAAAGUUUGAUUUUAUUCCCCCUGAAAAAAAAUCUUUCUCUUCACUUUAAAAAAGUGUAGGAUUUUUUGAAUCCAACGUGUAAAGUUUAUCAUUUUUACUACUAUUGAAAUGGGAUAAAAGGUGACGUAUAAUUUAUGGCUAAAGAAUGGAGCCAGGCUAAUGUCCACAGCCAAAAGAAUAAAUGAAUAUAAUUUAUUUUCAUUUCACUAAGACAACAGAUGGUAAGUUUAAAUAAUGACUGGAUUACGGUUACCACCAUGUCAAUCCUGGUAAUAAGACUUGAGUCAAUGAAAUCUAAUCAGAGUGUCAUUUCUCUGUGCCUAUUAGGGACUUAAAAUUAAGGCGGAGCAGAGCUAAACUAGAAAACAACCAUUUUGUUGUAGGUAUACACACGUGAAUAAUUCAGAAAAGUAUUCAUCUUGGCUGCCACACAGCAUGACAUUAACAUUAUUGUUGCUUGUACUUGAUCUCAUCUCCUUAAGAAAAAUAAAAGUUUCUAUUAAUGAUGUUGAACCACUGUUUUUACACAACCCGUUUCAUCUUCCCCAGAAAGGCAGUUGUGAAAGAACACUGGACUAGGCGUCCUGGCCCUGAAUCCUGGGCCCAGAUCUGCAUCCAUCUACAAGCUGGGAAACCUUAGGCCAGUGCUGAAACCUCUCUGAGCCUGUUUCCUCAUCUGCAAAAUGGAGUUAAUAUUAAUUCCUGUGCUGCCUACCUAACAGGACUGUCAUGAGGACAAAAUGGGUUCAGCUACAAACUGUAAAGUGCUGUCCAAAUGUGAGGUAACAUGACUACCAUCUCAUGUCUCUUUUGCAGAGGAUUUAAAUGUAUUUCUUUGUUAUUUGUGUGCGUGUGUAAUGGACAAACUCAUGUGUUCCUUUGAGAAGCAUGUUGUUUGUGUCCAGUUACUUUGCGAAUCGGCUGACAUUUGUGAAUCCAACAGAGGGGUUUGUGCUGUGGCCUAACAUUUGCUGGGUGAGGUGUGGGUUAUGCCUAUAUGCAAAUUAAACUUCGCCUUUCUUGAA